AUGACUACAACUAAAAAUCAACAACAAAACAAGAACAAGACUAGGAACACAAACAGCACAAAAGCGCAAGCAAAGGUACAAGAGAAAUCUAAAGGUACUAAGCAAGAGGAACGGAGGAAGAUAUUCCUAGAGGGCCUCUCCGAUGCUGAAGCGGCACUCUUUUUAGAGCACGCGCGGGAGGACAAUGAACCCUCUACGAGAAGCGGCAUCUUCCACGAGAGGGCGUUGAGAGAUGACAGUGGGCAUGAGACCACGAGCGGUAGUGGGAGAAGGAGGUACCACAGCGAGUCUUCGCGCGGGCAAACCAGGUCCCCUAGUCAGUCCGGAUCGACGACCUCGCGCGACUCCUUGAAGAACGAUAAGGGACGCCACUUGGAUAGAAGGGCAAAUCCACCAACUCUUCCUCCCGCAGGGAAACCCGGUUCGCUGACCGACCCCAGGAGGUUGGGGCUUAGUGGCUCCGGGGCGAGGCACUAUGUGAGGUACAUAGAACAACGCAAGACUCCCGAGGUAGCUAGGGAGCUAGCUCUCGCUAGAUCGGCCCCACAAGGGUCGAGUAAGCGGGACUCUGAGCGCUACACCAGUACGACCGCACCCGCGAAUGAGCGGAAGAGCGGGCAUCAGAAGCAGACCAGGCAGUAUGGCUCUCGCGAACAGACCGCACCCGCCGCUGGGCGGAAGAGCGGGCAUACCAGCGAGUGUCAUAAACCCGCGCCCGCUGAGAAGCGGAGUGACGGACAGCACCUUGCUACGGGUGGUAGGCACGACAGGCACACUGGCGAGACCGCACCCGCUUACAAGCGGAAGAGCGGGCAUAGUCGCUAUGAUGAGAAGCACAGAAACCAGGACAACAAGGUGGAGGGCUCCGGUGAGACCGCACCCGCGAAGCGGAAGAGCGGGCAGUUAACACCGAACACUCCGGCCCCAAAGAAGCAGCGGGAGUAUCUAUCCCCUCCAACAUCGUGA